AUGUCUACUGUGUUGAAAUAAUAAGCCAAGAGAGAAAUUUAAAGACAAAUCGAAGCUAGGAGGUAGGCCUAGAGUCAAUAAAGUAAUCAUCCCUAUUUGGGGAGCUUUAAGAAUCGAUAGGGUGUGUUGUCCCCUAAAUAUGUUGGAUUUGUUAGUAAUUAUAAUUCACUGGAUACGUUCAGAAAGGAAUUAGUUUGUGGACAAUACUCCAUAUCUAAUGACACUUCGAACAAGAAACAAUUAGUAGAUGAAGUCUUUUCUAAAACUAAUACUAAUGUAAAAAGAGAAUUGUUUGAUAUUAUAUAAUAGUAAUUUGAAACUGAAUUAUAUUAAAUGAAUACCAAAUUAAAUCUAUAGCAUCUAGUUGAUAAAUACAAUAGUUAUCAAUAGAUUAUGCAAAAAUUUAUGAGAAAUGUUAUAAAUAAUAUUGAAGAAUAUAAAUCAAAAACUGAAUUUGCUGAAUAAUAAGCAAAAGAAAAAGAAAUCUAAAUCAAUGACUUAACUGUGAAAUUUGAAGAAUUAUAGUAAAUGUUCAAUAAAUCCUCACAUACAGAUAGACCAAUUAAAUCGAGGAAAGGCGACUACAAGAAAUAGAGUGAGUUGUAUAUGGAAAAUUUCAGGUUAAAGAAUGAAAUUGAAAAAAUACAAGAGAGAUUAUAAAUCCUUGAAUAACUAUCCGAUGUUCAAAAACUCUAAUAGGACAUAAUCAACAUCAAAUAAAAUGCCUAAUUUAAAAUCAAUGAAUUGCUGAAGGAAAACGAAAUCAAAGAGAAAUAACUCUAAAAACUCAAUCUACAUUAUCAGAAUAUUAAGUCUUAGUAUACUAAAUUGGAAAAUGAAUCUAAAGCCUAUCAAACUGUCUUCGAAGCCAAUAAAUACCAAUUGGAUAAGUUAAUUUUGGAUAAUGAGAAGCAUACCAAUUUAAUGAAUAGAUACAGGGAAAUUGCCAAUAUGCAAAGGGAAGACUUUGAACAAAGACUCUACUACUACAAAGAGGAACUAGCCAUUGCUGCCAAGGCAAGAGAAAAGUUAUCUUAAUUAUAGAAUAAAUUGGAUAGAUUUUAAAUUGAAAAAUCCAAGGAAGUUGAACCUUAACCCAACUAAUAGCAUGAAAAAGAGAAAACUGGACUAGAAAAGUUUGCCAGCUUAUUCUCUAAUGAUAAGACCUUCUUUAGACUGACUCAUUCAUCACUAUUGUAGGAUAAAGGUAGAAUAGUGUAGAGAACUGGACAUAGCAUUAUUUAAAUGGAAUCUCACUUCAAUUCCUAGGAUAUUUAAUUAGAUAAAUUCACUAUUGGUUACUCACCAUUUGUUAUUUUUAUUGAACAUCAUAAAAAAACCUUAGAAAGUGAAUUUGCAGGUUUGUAAUAUAAAAGACCAAGUCUAUAAUUGCUAGUAAUAAUGAGACAUAUUUUAGAUGCUAAAUGGAAUGAGAUUUAAAUGAAUCAAUAAUCUAGAUUUCCAGAAUUUGUAUAUUCUUGGUUAAUGAACUUUAAAGUGGAUUACAAUCAUAAAUGUAUUAAAAAGAUCGAAUAUGACAAUCAAAGAGUGGAUGAUUAAAUUGUUAAAUUUAUAGUUGAUUUCUCUAAUCCUGUUUUAGAAAAGAAUUGGGAAUGCAUAACAUUUUAGGAAUUUUUGAAUGACUUCUCAUCUCAUGAUGAAAUUUACUUCUUUUUGUAUGCAAGAAGUCUACUGUUUAGAGGUCCUCAAUGUUAAAAUCAUCAAGCCUUCUAUGAGCCUCAUCAUUAUAUUCCAUUGUUGUAAGCUGAUUUUGUGGUCACUCAUUUAUUCUCUUAAUAUGAAGUCUCUACUAUCCAGUAAGUCAAACGAGUGCUUAAGGAAAGAGCUGUCAGAAAAAUACAGAAUAAAAACAUAUAUAUAAUUGAAGCUGCUUUUGUUUUGAGAAUUUUGCUUGAAUUUUACAGAGUGGAAAGAAGAAAUAGAUACAAAAUGUUCAAGAUUGCAUUUGGAAGUCGUGCAACUAAUAUCAGUUUCAAAUAAUUUAGAAUUGUAUUAAUCAGUAAUUAUCCUAAAAUUACAGACUUGGAACUGGCCACUCUUUACAGAGAAGCUUAUUCUUUUACAGGAACAGGAGUUUCAAUAGACUCUUUCUAUACUAUUGCAAGUGAAAAUGGAUUCUUUACUAAAAAUUUAAAAAUACAAAAUCUGACUUAAUUGCCUCAUUUGGUUGAGGAAUAAUUUGCAUUUGAUCCAUCCUAAUAACCAUUCAUCCUUGUGUCUGAAGCCUAUAAAAGACUAAUCAAUUAAUAGAAACCAGUAAAAGAACUUUUAGUAGAAAUCGGUCUAGAGAUAUUGUUUAAUGAUUUCGAAGAGUUAGAUAACUUCAUAGAAACCAAAUUUUCAUCUCUCCAAAGUAGUUAAUUGAGUUUUGUGUAAAUGACUGACAAAUAUAUGAGUAUUAUUAGGAAUGUGAAUCACCUUCUCAAUUGUAGAUUGUACAUAUAAGACAUUAUUCCUUAAGGUUCUACAUUCUAGAAACUCCAUGACGAGAAGCAGAAACAAUAGUUAUAAUAGAAUAGAGAUGCUGUGAUCAUUAGUUCAGAGAAUUUUAAUAGACAAUACGUUAAAAAGGAUGACUUUACUCAUGAGGUUGAAUUAAUCAAAAGUUAAUUGGAUUGUCUGUAACAUCUGGCAAAUUAUUUUGACUCUAAAGAUCUAAUGAGAAAGAAGGUAGAAAUGGGAUAACAAAUUGCAGCCAAAAAAAUAUAGAAAUUUGUUAGGAAAAAGAUGAACAAAUUUUAUAGUUUCAUUAGUUCAUUACUCAGUGCCAAAUUUAAAUCAAGUGUCAAAAUAAAAUGA